UCCUCUGUGAGAUUGUCUGCUUCCUUCCUGUUCCGUAAGCAACAGUGUGAUCCCCUCUCCACACGAGACAAAGAGACGGAGAGAGGGGAAAAGAGGGGGAGUAACAGAAUGAAUAGAAUGACAAGAUGGCUGUGAAAGAGAGAUAUUAACAGAAAGAUAGAAAGGGAUAGAGAGAGACAGAGAGAGAGAGAGAUAGAUUCAUGUAAACCCAGGGGUGUCAGUGUUGCCAUACAGACAAAGGUAGCGCCGUAGUGCAUGUGGUCUCUCUCACGCAUACACACACUCUCGCACACACACACACACACACACACACUCGCACACACCGGCAUUACAACUGCGUAGGAGUCAGACAGAAGAGGAAUGCCACUGGCUUGCACACGGAGUAGCCUCACAUUCAUAACUUAACAACAACAGGCGCACAAGACACACACAUGCACGCACGCACACGUACACACACUCAAUCAAUCGCAGACACAGACUCUUUGUGUGACUGUAAACAUGGGGCUCGUCAUGGGGACCUUUUCCAUGCAGAGCAAUAAGCAGGAUCGGACCUAUCGGAAAGACCUCUGACAACAUGGGCGCUGUGGUGGGCACGUUAACCAUGGGGGAGAGGACCAAGGGGGAGAGGAGGCGGCCAUCCAGAGAUAAAAUAGAUGAUGAUUUUGAGUUGAGCAUUGUGUGUCAUCGGCCAGAAGGGCUGGAUAAACUAGAGGCUCAGACCAACUUCAGCAAGCAAGAGCUGCAAGUGCUCUACCGAGGCUUCAAAAACGAGUGCCCUAGUGGGGUGGUGAAUGAGGACACCUUCAAACAGAUAUACGCACAGUUCUUUCCCCAUGGAGAUGCCAGUACCUACGCACACUACCUGUUCAACGCCUUUGACUCAGCACACAGUGGAUCCAUCAAGUUUGAGGGCUUUAUCAUGGCGUUGUCCACCCUGCUGAGGGGUUCAGUGAGGGAGAAACUGACGUGGACGUUCAACCUGUACGACAUCAACAGAGAUGGCUACAUCAACAAGGAGGAGAUGACAGACAUCGUCAGUGCGAUAUAUGACAUGAUGGGAAAGUACACCUACCCUGCCCUGAAGACAGACACUCCCAAACAACAUGUGGAUGCCUUCUUCCAGAAGAUGGACAAGAACAGAGAUGGAGUAGUCACUCUGGAUGAGUUCAUUCUGUCCUGCCAGGAGGAUGAAAACAUUAUGAGGUCCCUGCAGCUCUUCAAAAAUGUCAUAUAGACCACACAGAGAAAAGGAGAGAAAAGACACAGAGAAAGACCGGGAGGAAUUGGAAGAGAUGCUUGAGCUGUGAGAAGGAAAAGCAGCCCGCCAUUUAAUGGAAAAAAGAGGCACAAAUAAACUUUGUUGUCACCAUGGUUACGAGAGGUACUCAACACCGGCUGCCCAACAACAGCUAUACACACCAGUCGUGUGGCACAGUGUCUCACCAUCAUGUUACCAUGGCAGUGACCAUCAACGGGCUGGGUUAUGACCCUUGCCGUUGACCUCUGACCCCUGUACCUGUUUUUGAACUUCCUGUGACUCUGUAACCUUUCACCCUAGUCCUCUCUGUCUUGUUCUGUUGAUGUUGUUAUGGUUACUGAUCUCUCUGAGAGUGUAUAUCACACCUGUUAGUGUACCUACUGACAAACACACACAAAGAUUAAGGCAUACACACAUACCUUGGAUUGAAUCCUCAAUCGACUACCAAAUAACAAAUACACAAUCAAUACAUUUUCAUCUGUAAAAUUCAUCUGAUCGGUAUUUCACCUUUAAGAAAAAUACAUUUGAACCAAGUCAGUCCUAACCCUGCUAAAUGCAGAACUCCUACAGAAUGUGUGUUAGUGUUAUUCAAUGUUUUUGGUGUUGUGGUGACUUGUGUCAUAGUGUUUUUGGCUUCUAUCUUUCUGUCUGCAAGGAGCUCUUUUCAUCUGUGUCGUGGUUGGUCUCUUUGUCUGUCAAUCUAAGUCAUGGCCAGACGACAUCCCGCCCACAGAGCCUGGAUUGGAUGUUAUGUGGCCUAUGAUAGACAUAUACAGUGGUAGGAAGUUAUUGCAAGUCCCAUUUUGAAGUGUAUUCUUAUGUGGGAUAUUACGACUGUACAGUAACAACUCUCAAGACAAUACCCAACCACUCACUGUGACCAGGGAGAGAGAGAGAGAGAGAGAGAGAGAAAGAGACCUUGUCACUGAGAAUACAGGAAUAAAGCCAUGAGAGAUGACAAUAGCCUAAUCAAUGUGAAGACUUACUGACAAGAAAAUACAAAAUCCCUUUCCUCACAGUUAUCUCACAGAAAACAUCAGUGUAUUCAAAUGUGGUGCAAAAUGAUAUUUAACAAACUUCUCUGAAAAAAUUGUGAUGUUUGCUAUGUCUUCUUUGAGUAAAACGAAGCUUUCCAUCCGUGUCUGUAACA